AUGGCGCAAUCAGCAGACGCUUACUUCAUAGGUAGAAUCGAAGGUGCAUCAGGAUUCAAGCAAGCAGCCUUCUGCAGGUUCUGGUUUGUAAAUGGAACUCAAUGGCGUCUUGUUAGCGGCCUUGCUUUAGGACAAACUCAAACAGAUAAAUCUGGCGACGAUAGCGACGUUGUUGUUUGGAGUCAUCCAAUCGAUGCAUACUACGAGUUUACUGGAAUUCAGGGAUGGCCAAAGCUUUCCUUCCAAGUUUGGCAACAUGAUGAACUUGGUAGAUCAUAUCUUGGUGGAUAUGCAUUUUGCCCACUCCCCAUGGAACCAGGAAAUCAUAAAAUUGACGUUGAUGUUUGGAGACCAAUAGGAACUAAUGUUGAAGAAUUAACUGCAAAAUAUAUUGGCGGUUCUCCACUUUUGAAGAAUCAAGAACUUGCUCACUUACCAACAGAUCGCUAUAAACUUAAAUCAGAAACAGUUGGAAAAAUUCAUUUAGAUAUUAAUCUAAUAUUAGGUAGAACUUCGGCAUUCCAAAUUGCAUUUUAA